CCCAUCCUUCCCUUUUCAUUCCCGCCCUCCGUUUCGGCCCAAUAUUCCAGAUCUAUUCUCAGCUUGCUUUGUUCCACCCGCUUGCCGGGUUUGGUCGGGCGCUGCUACUUUUCUAAGUCAGGCAUCAUUUAGCCCCCUCUCAGCGAUGCAGGGCGGCUAUCAGGGCCAGCAGAUGGCCUACGCAGGGCAGAUGCUCGCGUAUCAGCAGGAUCACCAGCUAAGCGAAACGGAGACGCGCAAGUUCGAGAGGCGAGAGAUGCGUCUCAAGAUGAUGGAGAAGAAGGCCAAACAGGAGGUUGGACACGAUGAGACCGUAGUCAAGGGUAUCGUUGUCCUGGCGCUCUUCAACGCGGCACUCCUCUUCAUAUGCCUCUGCGGCGGUUCGUGGAAGUUCAGGGCGUUCAGGGGGUUCGGCAUGAAAACGCUGUCCCUCCAGACGUCCCUCUUGUCUAUCAAUGUCGAGUUCGAGUGUGGCAAAAACUGGGUGGAGGACAAAGUCUGCAAGUUCUUUCAGGGUCUGAACGGGCAUCAUUCGCUGAUGGAGUUUUCCCACCUGUCCUGCGUCAUGGGCGAGACCCCUUGCCAGACCAUGAAAACCCUUUACUACGGCAACUUUAUCAUUUUUCUAACGGUCUCGACUGCAAUCAUCUUGCAGUUGGGAGGCGCUGGCUUCAUCUGGUUCUACUGGUACAAGGCCCCCCUGGCGAAGGUGCGAGAGUGGGCCCUCAACAUGAUGACGGUUGGCCCGCUCCUUGCGGUCACGGGGAUCGGAUCCUGGGCAUUUUGCACCCCUGACCUGGGAGACCUGCCGCGCGGGUGGGCUGCUCUCAUGAGCAGCUACACGGGGAACUCGCUCCUCUCGUACCACCCGUUGAACAACCUGGAGUUCGGCUGGACCUUCUUCCUCGCCAUCAUCACCGUCCUCUUCAUGUUCGCGCAGGUCGCUGUCUUCCCCUGCUGCUUCCGGGCGCACUGGAGGGAGCAGAUCACGGAGCAGGAGCUGGAGGAAGAGGAGCUCCGCAUCGAGGAGUCGCUCGACGCGUCCCUCCUGCCGGGCGAGGCCGCGGCCGAGAACGGCAGCGCGUGGCCGGCGGCGGGCGCCCCGUCGCAGUACGGCGCCUUGCCGCAGCAGCCGCCGGGCUACCACCAGGUCUAGGGGCUCGCCGCCCCGGCGGCUGGAGCCGCCGCUGCCCGCCCCCCCACCCGCCGGCGGAGCGGCGCGCAGGACGAGGGCCGCGCUGUGAGCGGGGCACGCCCCAGGGCGCCCGGCGGCAGAUAGAUUCCGCCAGGUCUCCUCACUGGUGGUCCGAGCAGAGCAAACCAUCGUCGAAGGUCCGCAGACCCUCCAGGGACGCCCUCGCGCGAGCGGACUGCACCUGCAAUCGCCUGACGCUAUCUUCACCUGAGCCGCCUGCUUUCCGGGACUGAACACGCCUCUGGCCCGAUCGGCUAGCGAAUUCAUGUUGAGCGCGUUCUCGACGCGCGCAGAGUUCGCCCAGCGGCGACAAGGGCGCCAGUGCACGUGACAGCACACAUCGGGCAAUGUAUGAGCAUUCCCCCGCCAUCCCUGCCGAGAGCUAGUGCAGUGUGGCGGCGGGGUGAUCAGCACGGUGUACGGCACGUGCACCAGCAAGCAGCUUGUAUUGGCUGUAGGUACGGACAGCUUGCGGGUGCAAAGUAGGCAAAUGUGAUCCACUUCGUCAUCGCUGUACAAAGCCAUUGUGAAGUUAUCGCGGGCUGCCCGCUCAGGCUCCAAGUGCUUUGGCGCCACGUGUUAGCACUGUUCUU